GGCAUCUAAAAUAUAUUGCACGUCUGUUUUGAUGUUUUGGAACUAUUUUUUAAGUUACUAUGACAUAGUAAACAGUGGAGGUGAAGGACCUUUUUUAAACAAAACGUAUACGACACCAUUCUGGGAGUUUGGCUAGGAGUCCCUUACAACGCUUACGAUGGCGCGCGGUAAUUCCCUUCCCCGAUUUCCUCCGGCUCCUCCUUUAGCAGCUCACACAGGAAACGAAAGGUACGGGUAAUGCCGCGGAUGAUCUCACGCUGGCAUGACGUCAGAAGCCUUGGCGUCAGAAGGCGGUUGCCACGGGGACCAUUCGCCACCGACGGCAGAGUCGUGAAACCUCAUCACCGCACACGUCUCCGUUUCGGCGUAGGCAGUGUCUAAGCUGCUAAAGAAGCUUUAACCUUAAGGGGGCCUCAGGGAGAGGAGUUGUGCUGCUGCGGCCGAGAGCCCCACCUCCGCGGCUCCGGGUCCCGGGCCCCGGCCUGUGGCUGCGAGCGGCGGCUUCAGCAGGCAGCGGAGACGGCGGCGGCCGACCUGCCGGGUCUCCCUCGCUCGGUGCGGGACUGGGAGAGGGGAUCCGCCAUAUUGGAGCCGGAACCGAAGGUGCCUUGCAGCCGCGGCGCGAGGCGGGUGGAGGCGGCGGCCCUGGCCUGGAUGUGGGAGGAAUCGGCUGCGCUGGGGCCCGCAGGCUUGGAGAGUGAAUGAGCUGCUGACGCUAGAAUCCUCCCCGCCCACUCGCUCCACUUUUCGCCGCCGGGGCCGGACCGGGCGGGGGCCGGAGUCGGCCGUUGGCGGCGGCAGCGGCAGGAUGUUCUCCAAGAAGCCGCACGGGGACGUGAAGAAGUCUACCCAGAAGGUGCUGGACACCAAGAAGGACGCGCUGACCCGUCUCAAGCACCUGCGCAUCGUCAUCGAGAACGCAGAGUCUAUCGAUCUUAAACAGUUUUUUGACCAACAUUUUUCACAUAUAUAUUAUGUGUUCUUCGAGAAUUUUGUGACUAUUGAAGCCAGUCUUAAACAGAAAGGUCACAAGUCUCAAAGGGAGGAAUUGGAUGCUAUACUUUUUAUUUUUGAGAAAAUUUUACAACUUCUUCCAGAAAGAAUUCAUCAGCGAUGGCAGUUUCACAGUAUUGGAUUGAUUUUAAAGAAACUACUCCACACAGGAAACUCCUUGAAGAUCAGACGAGAGGGUGUUCGUCUUUUCUUGUUAUGGUUGCAAGCUCUUCAGAAUAACUGUAGCAAAGAACAGCUUUGGAUGUUUUCAUGCUUAAUUCCUGGAUUUUCAGCACUACAGUCUGAAUAUGGACCUCGAACUUUAGAUAAUCUCAUUAAUCCUCCACUCAACCUUCAAGAAACCCAAGUCACUAUAGAGGAAAUCACUCCUCUAGUCCCCCCACAAUCAGGAGACAAAGGACAAGAAGAUCUCACAAGCUAUUUUCUUGAAGCACUUUUAAAAUACAUAGUAAUUCAGGUGAAAAGCUUAGAAUGGAAGAACAAAGAAAACCAAGAAAGAGGAUUUUCAUUUUUGUUUUCACAUUUUAAGAAAUAUUACUUGCCUUAUAUUUUCCCAAACAUCUGCAAGGAGAAUAGUUUAUAUCAUCCUGUACUUGAUAUCCCACAGGUGAGACCAAAGCCACAUUAUGUUAUGAUAAAAAAGGAUGCUGAAACCAAUGAAGCAAUCUAUUGUACAAAAGAACCUUUCAUUAAGGCUCGGGUUAUUGUCAUCCGUUGGCUGGUUUCUUUCUGGCUUGAGCCAAAGCCACAUACAGGACCUCAUAUUCCUGGGAUGGAAGGUGAAGUCUUGCCAAAGAAUAUUCAGAGAGCAGCUGCUAGCUUGGUAUCCAGAGAAGAAAACAAAAAUGAUAAUGCUGAUAAAGCAGACAGAACUGCAGAACCAGAACAGUCUCAUUCCAACACAAGCACUCUCACAGAGCGAGAACCCAGCUCAUCCAGUCUUUGUAGUAUUGAUGAAGAACAUCUCACAGACAUUGAAAUAGUUCGCAGAGUUUUUUCUUCUAAGAGAAGUAAUGUAAACUUUGUCACAGAGAUAUUUCGUCAGGCAUUUUUAUUACCAAUUUGUGAAGCAGCAGCUAUGAGAAAAGUGGUAAAAGUAUAUCAAGAAUGGAUUCAGCAAGAAGAAAAACCUUUGUUUAUGCAAGAACCUGAAGAAAUUGUGAUCUCUUCUUCAGACUUACCUUGUAUUGAUAGUGUCACAGACCAUGUUAUUUCAAUGGAAGAAGGAGAAAAGAGAGAAGAGGAAAAUGGGACUGAUAUUGUUGAUCAUGUUCGAAAUUCUUCUUGGGCAAAAAAUGGCACCUACCAAGAUGUUCUUCAUAAUGCCUCCGAAGAAAUCAUAGAACAAAACAUACGAGCUGGUACCCAGGCAGUUUUGCAGGUGUUUAUUAUAAACUCAUCAAACAUAUUUCUUCUUGAACCUGCAAAUGAUAUUAAAAACCUUCUGGAUGAGCACACAGAUAUGUGUAAACGCAUUCUUAACAUUUAUCGGUUCAUGGUUGUACAAGUAUCAAUGGACAAAAAGACUUGGGAACAGAUGCUGCUUGUGUUGCUCAGAGUCACGGAGUCUGUACUGAAGAUGCCAUCACAAGCUUUUCUACAGUUCCAGGGGAAAAAAAAUAUGACCUUGGCAGGUCGACUUGCAGGACCACUUUUCCAGACUCUUAUAGUUGCCUGGAUCAAAGCAAAUCUAAAUGUAUACAUCUCUCGAGAACUAUGGGAUGACUUACUCUCUGUAUUAUCAUCAUUGACCUAUUGGGAAGAGUUAGCCACUGAGUGGUCACUGACUAUGGAAACACUAACUAAAGUCUUAGCUAGAAAUUUAUAUAGUUUGGAUCUCAGUGAUUUACCAUUGGAUAAGUUGAGUGAACAGAAGCAAAAAAAGCACAAAGGGAAAGGAGUUGGACAUGAAUUUCAGAAAGUUUCAGUUGACAAGUCAUUUUCUAGAGGAUGGAGUCGUGAUCAGCCUGGCCAAGCCCCAAUGAGACAGAGAAGUGCAACAACCACUGGUUCCCCAGGAACCGAAAAGGCAAGGAGUAUAGUACGGCAAAAAACUGUUGCCAUGAGAAGCCGAUCCAUUGGUGAAUGUGCUCUGCCAUCGGCCUAUAUACGCAGUGCUAAAAGUGCUCCUGUUCUGAUCCAUACUUCCAAACCCUUCUUGCCUGAUAUUGUUCUCACUCCCCUUUCUGAUGAGCUUUCAGAUAUUGAUGAUGCUCAAAUACUUCCCCGCCCAACUAGAGUCAGACAUUUUUCACAAAGUGAAGACACUGGAAAUGAAGUUUUUGGUGCUUUGAAUGAGGAGCAGCCAUUGCCUCGAAGUAGCAGUACUUCUGACAUCUUGGAACCAUUCACUGUUGAACGAGCCAAAGGUGCAGUUCCUGUCAUUGACAGUUCAUCCCGUCAUGCGCCAAGCUUACAGAGUUCCACAGAGGCUUCUUCAAUAACUAGAUCCACUGAAAGCCACAUCACUGAUACUCACAGUAGAGAGUCUUCUCUGGAAGUUGGUGAUAGCAUAUAUGACCAUCUUUGUCACUUAAUAGAUCCAGUAGAACUUGCAGAUUCAGCUUUUGAACAAAUCCAGUACAUUGACCUUGAAGGAGAUGACGAUCUUCUUACCUCCCUGAAAGAAUAUUUUAAGGAAAACCAGGAAAAUCAUAGUAAAAAUGAGUUAGGUAAAGAUGCAACUUCUGAGGAAGUAAUUAUUGCAGUAAAUAGGGAUGAACGAUCAUCUUUAGAUAAAUUAGAAUAUGUAGACCAGGAAAGUAAAUCAGAAAAUAUCACCUCUUUUGUUGGGACUCCUGAAAACAUUGAGUUUCAAAAAGAACCAGCUGCCUUCGUGAGUAGUGUUGCGCCUAACCAGUUAGACAGUUUUAUGAGAACCAAAACUUAUGAAAAACCCGAGGAACUAAAAAAUGAUAAACAAUCAUCAGAACGUAGCUCAGGUAGCCCUUGUGAUAAAGAAAAAAGGAAACACCUGUAUAGACAAAGAGCCACAGAAUUAGAUGCCUGUGUAGAUGUAACAGUAGUCGAAAAGGUUAAGGGUGUGCAAAUUAAUGAAAAAAUCACUGUCCCACAUGUUAUGCAUACCAAGAAAACUACACUAAAAACACCUGUUAACCAUAGACUGCCUCCUGUUACAAACACUAGCAAACUUUCUCCAACUAAAAGGAGCUUGUCUGAAACAGUAACUCAUAGAGCCAAAAUCAUGAAAAUUACUACUAAAAAACGAAAUACUGUUCAUGUUACUUUUAGACCAUCUACUGAAUCAGUUCAGUUUUAUAAUCCUCUGGAAAACAAAGAGGCUCCAUGGAAGAUGAGACUGCGGAAGCUUGGUGGCUUCAGUAGUAGUAGUGGCAGUAGCACCAGCAGCGCCAGCAACCUCCAUACCAGCUCAAAUAGUUUUACAGAGUUAGUAAAACCUGGUGUGUACAGGCCUCUAGAUACACUUGGUACAGCAUCAGUAAGUAAAACAACUAAGGAAUCUACAGAGAUUCCCACCACUGUAUUACAAAAAGAAGGAGUUGCAAGUAAUCAGUUAGGUAGUCGUAGUACUCUUAGGUCAUCAAGUCAUGAGGCAGGACUACAGCAGGGCUCCCUGGGUGGCGUUUAUAAAACUGUUGUACAUGCUCUUUCGAAGCCGAAGGCAAAUGUUUCCCCACAGAGGCAGAACAGAAUGCCACCAGAGGCUCCACUGAGGGAUCUGUACAGUCAUGUAAUGGGCUAUUUUGGAAGGAAAGCUGCAGUCAAUAAAGAGGACAUGAGCCCAAAACUGCCUCCUCUUAAUAGUGAUAUUGGCAGCAGCAAUGUUAAUGUUCCUGAUCUGAUGGAUGAGUUUAUAGCAGAACGACUUCGAAGUGGUAAUGCCUCAACUAUGACAAGAAGAGGAAGUAGUCCAGGCAGUCUUGAAAUUCCCAAAGACCUCCCUGAUAUUCUAAAUAAGCAAAACCAGAUGCGCCCAAUUGAUGACCCAGGUGUGCCCUCAGAAUGGACUUCUCCUGCCAGUGCAGGGAGCAGUGAUCUUAUCAGCUCAGAUAGUCAUUCGGAUUCAUUCAGCGCUUUCCAAUAUGAUGGCCGAAAAUUUGACAAUUUUGGCUUUGGAGCUGAUACUGGGAUUAUAUCUUCUGCUGAUGUGGAUUCAGGUUCUGGCCAUCAUCAGAGUGCUGAAGAGCAAGAAGUGGCUAGUCUAACUACACUUCAGAUAGAUUCUGAAACAAGCAGUCUUAAUCAACAAGCUUUCUCUGCUGAAGUUGCAACGGUUACUGGUUCAGAAAGUGCUUCUCCAGUCCAUUCAGCUUUGGGAUCCAGGUCACAGACACCUUCUCCUUCCACACUGAAUAUAGAUCAUAUGGAACAGAAAGAUCUGCAGCUUGAUGAGAAGCUCCACCAUUCUGUUCUUCAGACUCCAGAUGACCUAGAAAUCAGUGAAUUUCCAUCUGAAUGUUGUAGUGUGAUGGCAGGGGGUACACUCACAGGAUGGCAUGCUGAUGUUGCUACUGUAAUGUGGCGAAGAAUGCUAGGUAUUUUGGGAGAUGUCAACGCUAUUGUGGAUCCUGAAAUACAUGCUCAAGUUUUUGAUUACCUCUGUGAACUUUGGCAAAAUCUAGCUAAGAUUAGAGAUAACCUCGGCAUUUCAACUGAUAACCUGACCUCCCCUUCACCUCCAGUUUUGAUUCCUCCACUGAGAAUUCUUACACCUUGGCUUUUCAAGGCAACCAUGUUGACUGAUAAAUAUAAACAAGGUAAAUUACAUGCUUACAAACUUAUUUGUAAUACAAUGAAAAGAAGACAAGAUGUUUCUCCAAAUAGAGAUUUUCUAACACAUUUCUACAAUAUAAUGCAUUGUGGAUUACUUCAUAUUGAUCAGGAUAUUGUCAAUACAAUCAUCAAGCACUGCUCACCUCAGUUUUUUUCACUUGGUUUGCCUGGUGCCACAAUGCUUAUUAUGGAUUUUAUUGUAGCAGCUGGUAGAGUGGCUUCUUCAGCUUUUCUCAAUGCACCAAGAGUGGAAGCCCAAGUUCUUCUGGGAUCUUUGGUUUGCUUUCCUAACUUAUAUUGUGAACUGCCUGCUCUCCAUCCCAACAUUCCUGAUAUUGCUGUGUCUCAGUUUACAGACGUUAAGGAACUUAUAAUCAAAACUGUAUUAAGCUCAGCAAGAGAUGAGCCUUCUGGUCCUGCACGAUGUGUAGCACUGUGCAGUUUAGGUAUUUGGAUUUGUGAAGAACUGGUCCAUGAGUCUCAUCAUCCUCAAAUCAAGGAAGCUCUGAAUGUAAUUUGUGUCUCCUUAAAGUUUACUAAUAAAACAGUAGCCCAUGUGGCUUGUAACAUGCUUCACAUGCUGGUUCAUUAUGUACCUAGACUUCAGAUUUAUCAGCCUGAUUCUCCCUUGAAGAUUAUUCAAAUUCUAAUAGCCACCAUCACCCAUCUUUUGCCAAGUACAGAAGCUUCAUCUUAUGAAAUGGAUAAGAGGUUGGUAGUAUCCUUACUUCUGUGCCUUCUGGACUGGAUCAUGGCCUUACCUUUAAAGACACUGCUCCAACCAGUCCAUGCUACAGGAGCAGAAAAUGAUAAAAUAGAAAAAUCUGUCCUCAAUUGCAUUUAUAAGGUAUUACAUGGGUGUGUUUAUGGAGCUCAGUGUUUUAGCAAUCCAAGGUAUUUUCCAAUGAGCCUCUCCGAUUUGGCAUCUGUAGAUUAUGAUCCUUUUAUGCAUUUGGAAAGUCUGAAAGAGCCUGAACCUCUGCACUCUCCAGAUUCAGAACGAUCCUCUAAACUUCAGCCAGUGACAGAAGUGAAAACUCAAAUGCAACAAGGAUUAAUCUCUAUAGCUGCCCGCACUGUUAUUACACAUCUGGUAAAUCACUUGGGCCAUUAUCCAAUGAGUGGUGGUCCUGCUAUGUUAACAAGUCAGGUGUGUGAAAAUCAUGACAAUCAUUACAGUGAAAGUACUGAACUUUCUCCUGAACUCUUUGAGAGCCCAAAUAUCCAGUUCUUUGUAUUGAACAAUACAACCUUAGUGUCCUGUAUCCAGAUCAGAUCAGAAGAGAGUAUCCCCGGAGGAGGUUUAUCUGCUGGCCUUGCGUCGGCCAAUUCAAAUGUCAGAAUCAUAGUACGUGAUCUGUCCGGGAAAUAUUCAUGGGAUUCUGCCAUCCUGUAUGGACCACCUCCUGUGAGUGGCUUGUCAGAACCUACGUCUCUUAUACUUUCAUUGUCUCGCCAAGAGAAGGCAGAAGAGCCUCCUACAUCUAAUGAAUGCUUAGAAGAUAUAACAGUAAAUGAUGGGAUUUCCCUCCAGUUUAAAAGAGGUUUUAGAGAAACUGUACCAACUUGGGAUACCAUAAGAGAUGAAGAGGAUGUUCUUGACGAGCUUUUGCAGUAUUUAGGUAUAACUAGUCCUGAGUGCUUACAGAGAACUGGAAUCUCACUUAAUAUUCCUGCUCCACAACCUGUGUGCAUUUCUGAAAAACAGGAAAAUGAUGUUAUUAAUGCUAUCCUUAAGCAGCAUACAGAGGAAAAAGAAUUUGUUGAGAAACACUUUAAUGACUUAAACAUGAAAGCUGUGGAACAAGAUGAACCAACACCUCAAAAGCCUCAGUCAGCAUUUUAUUAUUGCAGAUUGCUGCUUAGUAUAUUGGGAAUGAAUUCCUGGGACAAAAGGAGGAGCUUUCAUCUCCUGAAGAAAAAUGAGAAACUACUUAGAGAACUUAGGAACUUGGAUUCAAGACAGUGUCGAGAGACUCACAAGAUUGCAGUAUUUUAUGUUGCUGAAGGACAAGAAGAUAAACAUUCCAUUCUCACCAAUACAGGAGGAAGUCAAGCAUAUGAAGAUUUUGUAGCUGGUCUUGGUUGGGAGGUCAAUCUUACAAACCACUGUGGUUUCAUGGGAGGACUACAAAAAAACAAAAGCACAGGAUUGACCACGCCAUAUUUUGCUACCUCUACAGUAGAAGUGAUAUUUCAUGUAUCAACAAGAAUGCCUUCUGAUACUGAUGACUCUUUGACCAAAAAAUUGAGACAUUUGGGAAAUGAUGAAGUACACAUUGUUUGGUCAGAGCAUACUAGAGACUACAGGAGAGGAAUUAUUCCUACAGAAUUUGGUGAUGUCCUUAUUAUAAUAUAUCCAAUGAAAAAUCAUAUGUUCAGUAUUCAAAUAAUGAAAAAACCAGAGGUUCCUUUCUUUGGUCCACUUUUUGAUGGCGCUAUUGUGAAUGGAAAGGUCCUACCCAUUAUGGUUCGAGCAACAGCUAUAAAUGCAAGCCGUGCUCUGAAAUCUCUGAUUCCAUUGUAUCAAAACUUCUAUGAAGAGAGAGCACGAUACCUGCAAACAAUUGUCCAGCACCAUUUAGAACCAACGACAUUUGAAGAUUUUGCAGCACAGGUUUUUUCUCCAGCUCCCUACCAUCAUUUACCAUCUGAUGCCGGCUCCUACCCAGAGAUUCUAUCCAGUGAAACUCCCACAGCAACGCAGGUAGAUGGGGCUGACCUGGCCUCUCCAAUGUCUCCUCGAACUAGCAAAAGCCGCAUGUCCAUGAAACUGCGUCGAUCCUCUGGUUCAGCCAAUAAAUCCUAAGGAGACAAGCAGCCCAGCAGUGUGAUCAGCAGUAACAACCUUAGCAUGAACAUAGUGUUAACCCUUUCAGGCCUUCAUGUUUACCAUAGCAUGCAUGUUUCUUCCUGAACAUUAAUUUUAGAAAACACUGGAUUUAAAUAAUUUGUAACUUAAUAUUUUAGAUUUGGGUUGUUUAUUCAGUUGGUACACACACACACACAAAACACUCUAAGCUGCCAUAUUUUUGGGGGGUGGAGUUUUAUUCUAGACCCUUACCUUCCUGGAUAAUUAUGUCUUAAGCAGUUUCACUUUUAAUUUUGUGAUUAGCUUUGAGCCAAAAUAUAAUUGGACAAAUAGUCUCAGUAUUUUAUUUAUCGUGCCCCAUUGCAACUUUAUGGCUCAGUAAAUAUAUCAUUUUUUUACAAAUGUAAAUUUUUAAAUUUAAGCAUUUGUAAAAUUAUAGCAAAAUUUGCAAAUCUUAAUACACAGGUUGUGUAUUGAUUACUUAUGUUACGAAAAUAAAACACUUUAAAUGGUCUUUUAGCAUCUCAAGUUCCCACUGACAUAAUUUUAGCAUUAACUUUUUCUUCCCAAAGCAAUGCCUCAUUUUGUGGCUGUGCAGAUGAUGCCAUGAUAUAUUUAACACCCAGAAAAAUCACUGUGCUGAACUUUGAUUUAUGUUUAGCUUCCAAAUAUUUUUCUAAUGUUUUGCUUUUUAAAUGGUAUCACUGUUAAAUGCCAUUUUUGUUUUUUAAGAUUGUGGCCCUGUAUUAUUGGCUGCUAGAUCCUGGUAUAUCCAUGUUCUUUCCUAAACAGCAAAAAGAGGGUAAUUGGGGGGAUGGAGAGAAAGAAAAAAAAGAAAAAAAAACUUUUCUAAUAUAAAUGUGUUGCUUAAAUUAUGUAUAUUUUAAAAGAAAAAGGAACAUGACCCAGGAGUCUAAAUUAAAUCUAAUAUUAUUAAUACUGAACUUGCUGAUGGAGGUUGGUAUUCAUUCCACCCUGCAGAAAUAUUUUCCUACAGUAAAUAAGCUGCUCACAUUUUGUUCAUAUUUUGUUUUGAACGGGCAUCUCCUAAGGAAAUGUAGCAUGACAUCAGUACUAACUGCAUGUGUAAAUACAUCAUACAGGCAAACUAUAAAAUAUAAAUUAUGUAUCAUCAUUCAUGUAGUAUCUACAAAUUUGUAACAGUGAAAGAAAAAGAUAUGGUAUUUAAUAAUACAAUAAAAAUAUUCUUAUCACUUAUGUCCA